GUUCAACGUCGGAUACUAAAAGUGAGCGAAACUCAAACAAACAAACAAACCAGUUGCCGUUUACUUAGCUUUUACAUACGCAACUAGGAUUGCUAUUUCUUUCUUUUGUUUUGAAGAAAGUGAACGACUAGUGUGCAAAGUAUAACAUUGAAACCCGCCAUUACAUAACGUCAAUGAAUAACCCAGUGAACUGUGUACAGAGAAGAUAGUUGUCAGUGAGCUAGCAUCAGGCUAACGUCUCCAAUAUGAGCAGGUUUAAACCGUCGACAAGCGGCAGGUGCAGAGCUCCUGUCCGGCCGAGCAAAGAGCCCCCAGUCCCCGGAGGAGUCAACAAGGUGCUGGCCGAGAGGAACCAUGCUGUGGUGGCAGUGGGAGCCUGGGUGGAGAGCGAGCACGACUUUAUGGAGCACCCAUCUGCUCUUGCUUUGCUCACUGAAGAGAUCCAGGCAGAGAAGAGGAGGGAGACUGAGGAGAGCCUUCUACGAUUUCAAGAGGAAGUACGCCAUCGUGUGGCGCAGCAAGCUCAAGUCAGCAAGAAGAGACCGCAGCCUCACACCAAUCCCAUGGUGAAACCUGAGAGGAGAAUCUCGCAGAAGCAGCAACAUGUCUGGACUCAGCAUGUUGCUGGGGAGAGGCUGAUGUCAGCGGGAGGCGCUGCACAACACAGGCUGACAGACAGCAGCCCUCAGGAGCCUAGAGGAGGCAUGAGGCAGGUGAGACUCAGACUGGCUUCCUGUCGGAUGAUCCCGCAUGGGGAAAUGACGUCAGACCUUCCCGGCGGCGCAUGGAACAUCUCUUCAACCAGACAUAAAUCUGAUGUGCUGAGAGGAGAGCAGCAAGGGCAGGAUGUUCAGGGAGGAGAAGAAGAAGAAGAGGAAGAGGUGGAUGCACUUCUCUUCAACAGUCAACAUGAAUGUCCCCUCGUUCAGCAAAAGGUGAGCAGACCUAGGAUGUGGGAUUCGGACCUAUCACAGCCUGAUCCUGGUUCAAAGUCAGACCUCAGAGUCUCUCAGGCCCUCUGGCCUCUACCUGACCAGGAAGAACUGAAGAAACAGCGUCAGUCUCAGUUCCUGAUGCACCGCCGUCAGUACAUGAACAUUGAGAGAGAGCAAGUGAAGGAGAAUAAACAGAACAGGAAACACCUGAAGAGGACAGCCAGUAUUAAAGCAGAGAAAGAACAGGUUCGUGUGGAGGAGGAGAGAAAGUUGGAGAGAGUCCGGCAGCUCGCUGAAGCCCGACAGAAGCUGCAGGAGAGAGAGCUGCUGGUCCUGGAGAGACUGAAUCUGGAGGAGGAAGAGGACGAGAGAGCUGAGGAGCUGCAGAGGAGGAAAAGGGAAGAGCAAGGGAAAGUAUCUGCAAGGUUCAUCGAGGCUCUGAGAGCUCGGAUGAAGGAGCGAGUGUCUCAGGAGAAGCUGGAGCCUCCUCCUCCUCUCUGCUGCUGCGCAUCGUCUUUCUGGGACUCCCACCCCGACACCUGUGCUAACAACUGCGUCUUCUACAACAAUCCCAAAGCAUAUGCCAAGGCGUUACAUUCAACAAUGUUGAGUUUGGAUUUGCAGUCAAGGUGAACUCAAACUGAAAAGAGAUCCAUGCUCUCUAUUGGAAGGAACAUUUCGGGAAAUACAACGCAAGAAAACUCAACUGAGAUUCAGACUGGAAGAUUGAUGAAAUGUUUUGGUUUUUCGUGCGUUCAGUGCCCAGACUAUUUUUAGCCACCAGACUGAUGCAUCUUAAUAAAUAUCAGGUAGAUUGCCUUGAUAUUCUUUCCCAGAGAUUCAUGUUUUUCCAUGAGGUGAAUCCAGCUCCAGGAGUCCCAAACUUUUCAACAAGUUAUGUCAACGACACCAAAUAUCUCCACAAUGAGAGACAUUGAUGGAUUUAAAGUGAUGAUUGAUCCCAGACUUUUUUUUUUACUAUAGACCUGCAUUACUUAAGACAAGAGAUACUGUAGAUUCAUAAACGCAGACUCACUCACUGGAGUUCCUGCUUUAACAAAAUAAUUGUUGUAUUUUUUUUAUGCAGAUCUUAUGCUAUGAAUUGGAGAGGUAAACAAUUACAAUUGUUUGUGAGAAUGUUGCUGUUGUUGAUAUAAGCAUCAGAUUGUAAUUGCACCAAAGACAGAUUCUCAGUGUAGAGGUAAAGAUGUGUAACGUUUUAUACACAUAAAUGACACAUAAAUGAAUGUACUUUUAGUUUAUUUAUUGCUAAUCAAGAAAUAAGCAUGUAAGCUUUCUCGCUACAAAGCUGUGAUAAGUAUGUUAUCAGGAAGGUCAGUCAGUACAUGUCUAAACUGGUAGAUUUGCUGUUUGUUGUGUGGCAUUUUUGAAGAAUCUACUUUGGCUCAUGUCAGCUGGUUAAACAUUUUAAUAAAAAACGAAAUUCUGGACUACUUCA